AUGACAGAAACUAUUCCUUCUCCACAUGGCAUUCCAAUUCUCGGCAAUGUCCUCGAUGUGGACCCUGAACAUCCACAGGAAAGCCUUGCACGAAUUGCUAAGAUUUACGGACCUAUUUUCAGGCUACGACUCCCAGAUGAACGUAUCUUCGUUGCGAACUAUGCGCUGGCGCGAGAUCUUUUUGAUGAGAAAAAAUUCCAGAAGGCAGUGCGUGGCCCACUGGAGCAAGUCCGAAACGCAACCAAAGAUGGUCUAUUCACAGCAUACCCGGGGGAGCACAAUUGGGAGAUAGCUCAUCGCACUCUGAUGCCAGCUUUCGGACCUCUGUCCAUCAGAGGAAUGUUUCCAGAAAUGCAGGAUAUUGUCUCUCAAAUGGUGCUGAAAUGGGCUCGCUUUGGCCCCGAUACUCCAAUUAAUGUUGCAGACGAUUUCACAAGGCUCACCCUGGACUCAAUCGCCUUAUGUGCCAUGGGCGACCGAUUCAACUCAUUUUACCAUGAGAAACAGCACCCGUUUGUUGCAGCAAUGGGUGGAAUGCUUACGGAGUCUUUCGCUCGAUCUCGGCGGCCAGGCUUCGCUAGCCUUUUAUAUCAGAAUCAGGAAAAGCAAUACCAGGCAGACAUUGAGCAACUAACACAAACAGCCAGGGAGCUUUUAGAGUCUCGCAGGAAGAACCCGACAGACAAAAAGGAUCUUCUAAAUGCGCUAGUCUUGAAUAAAGACCCAAAGACUGGGGAGAAACUUAGCGAUGAUGCCAUCAUUCGCAACAUGAUUACUUUUUUGAUCGCUGGCCAUGAGACGACGUCCGGGUUGCUCUCUUUCCUAUUCUAUGAGUUGCUUGAGAACCCGGAAGCAUACAGAAAAGCACAGGAAGAGGUAGAUAGAGUGAUUGGAAAGGAUAACAUUACCAUUGAUUAUAUGUCAAAGCUUCCUUAUCUAGAGGCAUGUCUGCGCGAGACCCUUCGUCUCCAUCCCACAGCCCCUGGGUUUAGUCUAGAAGCAAAGGGCGAUCAGGUUCUUGAUGGGAGAUAUACCAUUAAAGACGGGGAAACUAUCAAUAUCCUUCUAGGACAGCUUCACCGAGACCCUGAAGUUUACGGAUCUAACGCAGAAGAAUUCAGACCUUCCCGUAUGUUGGACGAAGAGUUCGCGAAGCUUCCCCCAAAUACCUGGAAGCCUUUUGGAAACGGCAUCCGUGCCUGUAUCGGCCGGCCCUUCGCCUGGCAGGAAGCUCUGCUCGCUGUUGCAACACUUCUUCAAGUAUUCCAGUUCACGAAGAAUAACGCGUCGUACCAACUCCAGAUCAAGACAACCCUGACAAUCAAACCACAAGACUUCUACAUGAACGCAAGGAUCAGAGAUCCAGAGUUCUUGAACAAGAUAGGAGUCAGUAGCUCGGAAGCAGCCUCAAAAUCUACACAGAAGGCAUCAAAGCAGCCAGGAACUCCUUCAAAGGGUGGGACACCACUCCUGAUUCUCUAUGGAUCUAACACGGGAACAUGCGAGGCUCUCGCAAACGAGUUAGCUACCGCUGCACCUGACAAUGGGUUUUCCCCCCAGGUUAAGUGCCUGGAUAGCGCAGCUGCUGCGCUUCCACGUAAGGAUCCGAUUGCAAUAAUCACGGCCAGCUACGAAGGACAGCCACCGGACAAUGCCGCACAUUUUGUGGAGUGGCUGAAGGCUACGGACCCAUCAGAGCUAAAAGACGUUCGGUUCGCCGUGUUUGGUGUCGGCAAUAAGGAGUGGCACACGACCUACCAAAAAAUCCCCAUCGUGGUAGAUGAGGCAUUCAGCAACGCAGGAGCAGAGCGCCUCACUGAACGACUGGCCGCUGAUAUCACUCAAGGGAACAUCUUCGAUACAUUCAACGACUGGCAAGAUGGCCAGUUCUGGCCGGCUGUGCGCAAGCUCGGCGGAAAGUCCGGUGGUCUUGAAAAAGCUACUCAAAAAGAGUUUAAAAUCGAAGUAAACGUCCAGACCCGGUCGUCUCUCCUUCGGCAGGAUGUCCAGCUUGGUGAAGUUAGUGAAGUCCGUUUGUUGACCAAGCCCGGGACCCCCAGGAAGCGCCACAUUGGUAUACGUCUACCAACUGGGCUCUCGUAUCAGGCAGGUGAUUACCUGGCUGUGUUGCCCCUUAACCCACCAGAGACCGUACGCCGUGUCAUAAACCGGUUUAGAUUGCCGUGGGAUGCCACUAUCACCAUCGAUCCUUCUACAGUGACAUCUCUCCCCACUGGGAGACCUUUAACCAUCUAUGAUAUACUGACUGGCAUGGUGGAACUUGGUCAAGCUGCAACUGGCCGCGCUACCGCUGCUCUCAUCAAGUCAAUCCCCGACACGCGCCUGGCAGAGGAGCUGGAGAAACGGGCAGCACAAGAGGAUUUCCAGAAGUCUAAUGUUACUCUCCUGGAUCUCCUUGAAGAUUACCCCUCAGCAACCUAUACUUUAGGGCAAUUUUUGGCAUCUGUGCCACCAAUGCGGUUGCGUCAGUACAGCAUCUCCUCCACACCACUAGCCUCCGAAUCGGAGUGUACCCUGACCUACAGCGUGAUUGAUGCUCCCGCCAAGGGUAGUCGCCAAGGCUAUCGGUUCCUUGGUGUCGCGAGUACGUAUCUGGAACGCCUUAGUGUUGGUGAUCGCCUUCAUAUCAGUUUGCGUCCGAGCCGUGCUGGAUUUCACCUCCCGGUGGAUGAUCGUACCCCAAUUAUUAUGGCAUGUGCAGGAACUGGCCUGGCACCUUUCCACGCCUUUGUUGAAGAACGCGCGAUUAAGAAAGCUGGUGGAAUUAAAGUAGGGCCGGCCCUACUGUUCUAUGGUUGUAACAGCCCCGAUGAGGACGAUAUGUACAGGGAUGAGUUCGACAAGUGGCAAGCACAGGGCGUUGUUGAUGUUCGUCGAGCCUACUCGCACAACCCACAGGCGUCUAAGAACUGCAAACAUAUCCAGGACCGUAUCUGGGCUGAUCGGGACGAGAGCGCAAACUUCUUCCGCCAGGGAGCUCAGAUUUACAUCUGUGGUGCUGGUGUGGUUGGAUUGGGCAUUGAAAAAGCGAUGGCGCGGAUCCGUGCGGAGGCGGUCGGUGAGGACGAGCAGACCGCUUUGAAAUGGGUUCAAGAUUUGAAGGGGGACCGAUACUGGGCCGAUGUCUUUGCGUAA